UUAGGCGCUCUUACAGAAGAAGAAUCGCCCACAACCUAAGAAAAAUGUCAACAAAUAUUGAACCUUGACUAAAAAAAUAUAUAAAGAUGUCCGAAUCUGAAAAGAAAAAGAUAAUUUCCAACAAAAACCGACAUACUAGCCGGGACAGCACCGCCAAGUCGCUAUCUGGUAGGGCUGCCACAAUAUCCCGACACAAAGACAGCGCCGAUGUGAAACAGCCAACUAUUUUGCUUAAGAACAAAGAGGUCCCCAGCGAUGAGGUUUCCAUCACUAAGAAAGUGCCCAAGGAAUCAAAGGAAGCUGAAUAUCUCAUGGGCGCCACCCCCACCAAGGAGCCACCAGAAGUUGCACCCCCCAUAGUCAAGCAAAUGAAGAAAUCGAUGAAGUUGAUUGAGGAGGGGGUCAUCAACAUUGACCAUCUUCAGGACUACCUGCAGGAGAACCGCGACUUUAUUGUGGUGGGCGUUGUAGGGACGCAAGGAGUUGGCAAAUCCACCAUCUUGAACCUGCUAGCUGAAACCAAGGUGUCCGAGCAAGUAAAAGAAGCGCGCUUCAAGUCACAAACUGAGUCAAUGCGCGACUCAUACAGUGACGACUCUAUCUUACCAAACAAAGACAAGGAUGAAGUCGGCUUUAUUCACAACGUAGAGACCGUAGAGGACAUUGAGAACAGCGUAAAUGCCACUCAUGGCAUCAACAUCUAUGUGUCGCCGAACCGAGUGAUUUUUCUGGACUGUCAGCCGAUUUUGUCACUCGCAGUGCUCGAUAGGCUGAUCGAGAACGAGAAUAAGCGAUCGAGUCUAGUGGGCGACUUUGUCCCCGUGGAAAACAGUGGAGAAAUCCAGGGGCUUCAGUUGACAGGCUUUCUGAUGUCAGUUUGCCACGUUCUCUUGGUAGUCCAAGACUGGUUUUUCGACAGCAACGUCAUCAGGUUUGUACAAACGGCCGAAAUGCUGAAGCCGACUAUUUCUAAUCCAGAGGAUGAGUACUGUGAGCAUUCCCCGCAUCUGAUCAUGGUCCACAAUCGCGCCCAAAUGAGCGACUUUACGCCCGCGAAGUUCAAAGUGAUGCAAAGAGCGUACGAGCUGCUGUUCCAGAAAACCAAAAUGCAUUUCCAAAGCAACUUGGGGCUGGCUUCCGGCAGAGUUCUUAACACUUUUAACGCGGAAAAUUGCGGAAAUCCAGUUAAUUUGUAUUUAAUUCCAGAAAUCCUGCCCGAUUCCGAAACUGUUGCAGGAAAGGUCUUGAAGGGCCAUCCGCCUUUGGAAGACCUGGUCAAGAAGCUAAAGGCAAAUAUUUAUGGCGCAACCAAGAGUUCUCUAACCCAUGUGCAAUUGACUGAAAAAACCUGGCUGGUUUAUUGCAAUAAGGUGUGGGAAACUGUAAAGAAGAGCCCGUUCUUCGUUGAGUAUACGAAGCUGAUGCCCUAGAAUGUUCAAGACUGGCAUAGUGAGCCAGCGUUUUUAUGCAUAAUUUCUGAAGUACUUAUUAAGUUUCAGUAGAAGGCUCGUCGCUGAUGGACUUUGGUGUAAACCUUAAAUUGUUCUAAGGUAAACUGAUCUGGUCACAUAAUGUUAAAUUUUGAUCUUGUAAAUAUAUUUUUCUUCAAUCAUC